UGCCAGUAGUACUACUGGAAUCAUAUCACACAACUCAUAAUCUUCUCAAACUCUAGCUAUAGCUAUAACUUCAUCUUAUUAGUGGUAUGGAGGACUUGAAGUUAGUCGAAAAGCAUGUCAUUGUACCUGAGACAUUGUUGAAUCGUCGCCGUCUUUUCUUAUCUAACAUAGACCUCACCCUUGUUAGUUACAUAGAAACUGUAUCAUUCAUCGAAGCAACAAUAAAUGCUAUCAGUUUUGCAGAAAUUUGUUCUAGUUUUUAUCGUGCGCUCCGACUGAUUUUAGUUUCUUAUGAUUUCAUGGCUGGAAGGCUUAUUCAUCAAGCUGGUGAGGGAGAGAAUGAUGAUCGGUUUGAGAUUGAUUGUAAUGGUGAAGGUGUUGUAGUUGUUGCAGUAACUACUAGUACUGAGAUGAGUCAACUCGGUGAGUUAAGGAGUCCAAAUAAGCCUGAAUUCAAAAAGCUGGUUUCCUUCUUGCGUGAUGAGGAGUGGAUGAAUUUGGAGCUCAAAGAUAAAUCGCUGUUGUUUUUACAGCUAACUCGGUUUCAAUGUGGAGGUGUAGCUCUAGCUUCUCGAUCCAACCAUUGUACCCUAGACGGCACCGCAAUUCAAGAAUUCAUCGUGAACUUAGCCUCAUUGACACGCGGAGAUGAUCUUGUUAUCCAUCCGAACUCGGAUCGUAGCAUCUUUAAAGCACGUAACUCACCAAGAAUCAGUCACCCACACUUUGAAUACUCCAUACCCAAAGUAUCAGACAUAUCCUUUAGCAUCCCUGGGAGUAUUCUCAUUCCAGCCAUAAUCAAACAACCCUUUCUAAAGACUACUACCAAGCUCGUUUACUUGUCAGAAAGUUGGAUCUCCAACUUAAAAUCUUUAGUCCAGAGAGAUGGAAAAUUUAUGAAGUACACGACGUUCCAUGUUUUAGCGGCAAAGUUAUGGAAAGCAAGAAGCAUUGCAACACAGUUACCAGAUGAAUGCAUUUCCACUGUAUUAUUUCCCAUUGACGUUCGCCGGAAGAUAGUUCCACGUGCACCGAAAGGGUUUGCAGGAAAUGCAUUAAUUCCUGGCUUUGCUUGUUCGACCAUGAACCGGAUUAAAACCGAGAAAUUUUCUGUUCUAGUUGAUGAAAUUUUAAGGCUAAGUCGUGUGGUUAGCUAGAUUAGCGUUCCACGUCAACUAGGAUAACCUCCUAAGUCAUAUGUCAAUGCUAAUCUAGCAGCUAAAUUAGCAGUCAACAUCAGCGCUUGGUUAGCUAGAUUAGCGGUCCACAUCAGCUAGGAUAACUUCCUAAGUCAUAUGCCAAUGCUAAGAGUUUUUCCAAUGGUGAAUGUGAAUAUUUCAUAGGUGGCAUCACUUCUAAGACAUCCUUUGAGUAUAAAAUCCUAAAUAUUAGGAAAAAUAAAUUUUUAUCUCAAAUCCAUA